AUGUUACGAGUCGCAUCUUCGAAAUGCCCGCACUGGGAUGCGAGUCCGCUCGCAAAGGCAUUCGGUCUGCAAUGGCGGCCAACACGCACUGCGGCGACGAUGCACAAGCGCAGGCCUUCUCGCAUGGAGUUGUCCGGGCGAGUGGCUCAAGGACCCAGGAAGACGGAUGAUGGAGGCAAGCCCGUGGCGAGACGGACGAAGAAUAGCCCGUUCGGUGGGAUGAAUACGACAGAAGUGCCUCGAGCACUGCAAUUCCAGAAGAACAAGAUCUCGGCUGCAGAACGGAAGCGCCAAACACGAAUGAAGCCGGGCAAGGACAGGGAGGUGGACCGGAAGGAUCCCAUGAAGGCGCUCAAGAUGCAGAGUCGUCUUGCGAAUGUGUCAUAUGAGCGACGAACCAAGGUUAAGCAGGAGAUACUGGACCUUGACAGCUUUGAUGAUUUCGACCUGCUGCCGACCAUCAAACAGUCCAUCUCUGCGCAAGCCUUGGGAGGUCUGCUUGACGUCUCCCCGACGCCCAUCCAACGACUUGCGAUCCCGACUCUACUAGGCACCGAGCAUGGGAGGAGACGGAAAACGAAGGCCAAGGUCGUGGCAGAAGUCAACAAGAGCAUGGAACCAUUUCUCCUUGCAGCGGAGACUGGAUCUGGGAAGACUUUGGCAUAUGUGCUGCCGGUCAUCGAUGCCAUCAAAAGAGCUGAAGCAGAAGGUGCAAAGCAAGCUGAGCUUGAAAAAGCAAGAGAAGCGGAGGACGACCGCAAGUACGGCAGGACAUUCGAGUUGCAGACUCCCGAGCUGAACAAAGUCAACCCGGCUGCUGGACGGCCCCGAGCCAUCAUCUUGCUUCCCACAUCCGAAUUGGUAUCCCAAGUCGGUGCUGUCAUCAAGAGCUUGUCACAUACCGUCAAGUUCCGCACGGCCAUGAUCAGUGCAGCCUCUUCCGGCACCGUCAUUCGCAACAGACUGUUUUCACCAGGAGGUGUAGACGUCGUCAUCUCGACUCCCCAUCUGCUCAGCAGUAUAACAGAAAGCGACCCAAACAUCCUCUCCCGAGUGUCGCACCUUGUCAUCGACGAAGCCGACAGUCUGCUAGAUCGAUCCUUCUCCCCAAUCACCUCGGCCCUCCUCGACCGCGCAGCGCCCUCCCUUCAGCAACUCGUCUUCUGCUCCGCCACCAUCCCCCGAAGCAUGGACUCAUACCUCAACAAACGCUACCCCGAGACGAAACGCCUAGCAACACCGAACCUCCACGCAAUCCCCCGUCGUGUCCAGCUGAGCGUCGUCGAUGUCGAGAAGGUCCCAUACCAGGGCAACCGCGAUCUAGCCUGUGCACAAACAAUCUGGGACAUUGGCAAAGAAGCAGCAGAAGCUGGCGAUGCCCCGGAGAAGAAAAUCGUCGUCUUCGUCAAUGAGCGUGAGAAAACUACGGAGCUCACCAACUACCUCAAAUCGAAAGGCAUCGAUGCUGUAGCCCUAUCUCGAGACAGCGACGAGCGCAAACAAGCCGAGACCCUCGCAUCUUUCACCGGCGCCCCUACAUCACCAUCAAAACAACCCGACAAACCCGAAAAGCCCCACUCCACCGAACCAACCAUCGCGUUCAGCCCCGGCGAGUUCGCAGAACUAAGCGCUUCUACAGCUCCAGCUAUCCGUCGCCUGCCAAACACCAAAGUCCUAGUCAUGACCGACAUUGGAUCGCGAGGUAUUGACACGCUUCUGGUCAAGCACGUCAUUCUAUACGAUGUACCACACACCAGUAUCGACUUCAUCCAUCGAUUGGGCCGUGUUGGCAGGAUGGGGAGAAGGGGGAGAGGUAUUGUCCUGGUGGGCAAGCAUGAUCGGAAGGAUAUUGUUAAGGAGGUUAGGGAGGGGAUGUUCAAGGGGCAGGCGUUGAUAUAG